UUUGAGUCUCUCGCGUUCAGUUGCAGCCUCAAGCUUAUUCAAUUCUUUGCUCCAAGAAUCAAGACGCCGCUUUUUAUUCUCCAGCUCCAAGUUCAGCAUCUCUUGUUCGACGAGAACCCGCUUGAUGUGCUCCCGCGCAAUGCGUUGCAGCUUUCUUUAACCUUCACAGAAAGUGUGAUGAAGUUCAUCCUUCUCUUCAAGCAUUCUAGUGAGCGAAAGGGUCUUCUCAUUCUGACACAAAUUCUCGUUUUUCAAGUCAAUCUCCUCGACCAGGUCACUCACGAUACUAUUCCGCUUCUUGGUAAGCUCCGAGAUCAUCUUCAACUCCCCAUUACUGCGCAAUCAUCCUCGCCAGCAAAACAACCCAAGAGAAUAAUCCUUCCGCUCGACCCAUUCCUUUCUGUCAUGCCCCUGAGCUUGAAACCACUUUUCAAACUCCAUAGCAUCCAAAUAGCUAUCGCUGUCAAAUCUCAUAACGACUUGAUCGACUUCUCUGAAUACUUGGAUCGUCGAAGGCCUGUACCUCGAGAACUUCUUCAUCCAAUAGCUGCACUCCUCUUCUGUAGAGAAAUUCUUUGA